CUGGUUGUUGUCAGGAUUUACCAAGUAGUACACAAAGUGUUUAGAAGACCUAGUGAAUGCCCAGAAUAUGCUGGCCUCUGUUAUUAAACAAAGUGAAACCAUUUUCCUUUCUACCUACUAGAAGAUCACAGAAAUGUCACACAUCAAGUUGAAUCUACUUUGGGAGAUUACUGUUUUACCAGCGUAAAGGAAUAUUAACAUUUUCUGAACCAAAAUUUGGACACUAGCUUUUUAAGUGGAAACAUAACCUGUGGCACUAAGACACAGUAUUUUAAAUAAAGACUGUUUUAACAAUCCUAUAAGCAAACAAACAAACAAGACCUCCAUGUAAUUACAUUUCAAAAUCUUUCUUUUUAAGAGAUUUUAAGUGCAAAUGAAAUGACUUUUAUUGAUUCUGAAGUGAGGACAGCAAAUAUUAUGCAAAUAAAGAAGCAUCUGGGCUCCAGGUAUCAUUCUCUGAUGUAGCUGGAGAAUUAUUGACAAGGAUAAAGGGCUGGACUUCCUUUUUCAAAAACUCAUGCCAUUUAUCUUAAUUCCGGUACAUCUGGUAAGAACUUCCUCUGCAACCAGGAAACUUUGCAAGUAUGAAAUAAUCUGAAGGAGAGGGUAAAGAAGAGGAACACUAAAAAGAGGAACACUAAAGCAGAUUUAACUAAAAGAGUAGAGGAGAGUUUGGCUCAGCAGUCUCAAGGAGGUGUGUGGAUGGCAGAUCGUCCAACCUUCUCUUUCUUGAGUUGUCUGCUCUGCCAUUAUCUUCCACUCAUUUUUGCUUUGUCUUGUGAUUCACUGAUAGAAAGUGAAGUGAAGUCAAUUAAAAUCCCCCCGGACACAGUGCAAUUAUACAUUGAGGACUGUAAUGCAAAAAGCAUUACAUACAACGAGAAGGAUCGUCCAAGGCUACGUUUAUUCAAUCUCUCCUCUCAUUGUAUCAGGACUUUGCCAAAUGAUGUUCUUCCACAUCUGAAAAAGAAAUGUCAAAAAGAGCUUCCAGGAUUAUUUUUAAACUCCACCCUAAGAGGAAUUACAUUUGUCUGCACCUGUGAAUUCAUUAAGGGCUCCCCCAUACCACGAAACAACAGUGCUUGUGCAGAAAUGUUAAAAAGCUGUGGAAAUACACCAGUGGCCACUUCUAUAGGAAUUUCCCUUCUUUUCCUCUUGUUAAUCUGUGGAAUUGGGUGUGUUUGGUGCUGGAAACAUGGUAACCCGGUGCAUUUUCCCUUACCAAGGGUCUUGCAAAGGAGAAGCAGCAGGAGAAAAGACAAUACUAAAACACUCUCAAGUUUCCUCACUAUCAGCUCAAGGCCUAAAAUCUCAGUUCAGAACCAGCACUGCAGAUCUUCUGGAAGAGGGACUAACAUGCAUGGCAACUAUGAAAAUGUGGAAAGUGGUACUCCCAAACAUAAAGAGGUAACUGAUAAAGAACUGUAUGAGAACACUUGGCAGACCAAUUUUGAGGAGCAUAUCUAUGGAAAUGAGAUGCCACCUCAAUAUCAUAACUUCCAGAAACUUAGUACUCUUGAAGACUCUCAAGAUGAAGACAUAUAUAUUCUUCCAGAUUCAUAAUAACUUUUGAAAACACUGGGUUUAUUAUCAGAGGAUAUUCACUGGGACUUUUAUUUCAUGGAUAUCAUUGUUAAUCAUGUUCUUUGGAUGAAACUCAGUGAUCUAUCUCCAUCCUCUGAUCCUUUGGUGAAUUGCUGCAGGUUAAAUUCUCUUCACUAACUUUUCCUAGAUUAAUUCUGUGUUAUGUGAUAUUGAUUCUUCCUUCUAAAUGUUACAUGUUCCCUUUCUCUCUUAUUUCUAUCUCCACCAUCUCUUUCUGGCUCAAGAUUAUGUCAGUCUUCUAACUCGUCUUUCUGGCUCCAGGUGCUACCUAUUCAGUCAGUUCCUGUGACACUGCCACAUUUACCUUCAGAAAAUAUUCCCAGUGCCACACCACUCCUUUGCUUAAAACUUCUUAAUGGCUCCUCUUUGCAAAAAACAUACUGCUUAUAAUUCUAACUCCAGAACCUGCUAUUUUCCACACUUGAUUCGAGUUCACUUUUUCAGUGACUUCUAGUAAUUUCUCACUUCUCUGCUUUCAUCAGAAAUAUCUGAAAACCUGCCAGACUCAUCCAUCUUCCUUGACUUUGCUUGUCUGUCCCCUUUCAAACCUGCCUCAGGUGGCAGUUUCUUCCACAAGUCUUCUGAGUUAUUCCAAACCUACCUUUAUAUUUUCCUUUUCUCAUCUCCUAUGGACUUUGCUGCCUGUUGAAUUCUCUGGGCAUUUCAACAUAUGAAUGCUUUCUGUGACAUUUUAUGUUAAUAUCAUAUGAGAAUUUCUUAAAUUCCUUGCUAAAUAACAAGGAAGGGCCUCAUCUUCAUAUUUAACUCAACUGCCUAGACCAUCAUAUGAGGCAUUUGGUACUAUUCAAUUGACAAAGAAUUAAAUUGUACACUUUGCUCACUAGUUUUGAGAAAAAUCCAAUAAAUUCAUCCACUAAAGAAAUAUUUUUGGAGUACCUUCUAUCUACUUUUACUCUGGGAGUAAAACAGUAAAAAGUAAGUAACAGUAAAAAGAAAGGCAUAGGUCCUGAACACGUAUUGUCUAGCAAGGGAGAAAGGACAAUAAAUAAACAAAUACUGUGCUACUUAUUAAGCUAUGUAUCAUAUCUUACCCCUGAACUCAGCCUUUUAUAUGCUGCUCUGAAUCCUUCAGGCUGAGGCUCUGCAAACACCACAUUUGUCCUUUGCCAAGUGGGUCCAUAUUAGGCUCUAUUCAUAGGAAGCAGUGUGGAAGAUGGGUAGAUGAGAGGAACCCAAAAGGACUUGCUCUUCCUCACUCUCCUUUUUGCUCCAGUGGGUACCAUUGCCAUGCAUUUUACCCUGGCAUCGCGAGUUGUUUGCAGUUCCUAGUUUUUUCCAGCAUUCCCAGAAAGGACUUGAUUGCACCCUGUCAGAGGUGCCAGUACCACCCAGGUACUGGAAUCUCCCCUCUCCUUGGAAUCUGAGAAGCAAGCUCCACAGAGCCUCCUCCAAGCGCCUAAGGUAGAGAUGGAGACAAAUGGGAAUGUCAGAGCUCCAGAUCCCAGGCCCAGGUGCGGGGGCCAUCUCCUGCUCUCACUGUCUCUGUAGUCCUCUUUCAUCUUCUCAGUCAAGUAAGACCUUUUUGUUAAUUCUCUGUAUUAAAUUCUAAAGAAUUUUAAUAGGAUGGUCAAACGAGGCCUCUCUGAGGACACACUUAGCUGGGUCUUGAGGCUAAAAGGAGUUAACCAUGCAAAUUUGAGAUGAGCAGGGACGUACCAGCAUGUGAAAAGCUUCCCCUUUUGAUCUGGCCUGGGGAAGCUGCAGUGCUAGGAAAGCCAUUGACAGUGCGGCCCUAGUCUUUGGAGGAACGGCCACAGGACUUAAUGAUGGACUCAUUCUGUGUGUUCGAUAGGGUAGGGUUAGGAUUGAAGGGUUGUGGGAAACAGAGAAAUCUAGAAGACCCAUCUUAUUUCUAGCUGGAGCAUCAGGGCAAUUAUAAAGCAUUUCAAUGAGAUGAGAAAGACAGAGACGAAACAGUUUUGGAGGCUGUGUCAGGAAUGACUUGGGCUGCCAGUAACAGAAAAUGAGACUACAUUGUUUUAGACAAGUACACCUUCAUUUAUUUCAAAUAACGUGGACACUGAAGUGAGGCAUUUAAGGGCUAGUGAACUAGGCUAAUGGUACCAUCAGAGAUGCAUGUUCUUUCUGUGUUUCCUCUCUGCCAUCCUUAGUGCUAUAACUUUUAGCCUCAUUUGUAUUACCUCAUGAUCACCAAGUAAUUGUGGAAGCUGCAAGCCUUGUAUAUGUGUUCUGAUCCUCAAGAAGGAUGAAAGGAAAAGACAAUAUCAGGAGAUAAUCUAUUUAUAUGUCAUUGGCCGGAAUUGAGUUACACGGAUCCAUGGAAACCACCAGGUAUUGGAGUGGAUGGGAAAUUGAAUUGUGACCUUUGAUGGCCUCAUAGGAAAGGAGACAAGGGAAAAGGAAGUUGUAAAUAGAAGUUAGGUCAGUCAACCUACUACCAAAGGGGCAAAAUCAAUUUUGGACAUGUUUAUUCUGACAUGCCCUGAGACUCAAGUGGAAAUAUCCAGUGUGCAGUGGUAGAUACACAUUUGGAUUCUGGAGGAGAGCUCCUAGCUGGAUAUGUACUAUUGAGAUCGUAAGCAUAUAGGUGGUAUCUACAGGAGUAGAGAUUUAUGGGAUCGCAUGGAGCAAAGAGUAGAGAACCAAGAGAAGAAGAGAGGAAUCCAGGAGUCCCCCCUCAGAUUGCAAUAUUUCAGUGGUAGAUCAGUGAGGAGAAUCUAGCAAAGGAGCCUGAGAAAGAAUGGCCAGUGGGGAGUGCCAUGAAUUCUUAUGAUCUCUGAGAAUGGUGGUUGAUAUUGUGAAACAAAUGAUAUAUUGACACAUACAUUAUAGUUCACUUUCUGGAGGUAGGAUGAAUAUUAGAUACUUGUUUAUUCUCUUUGGCCAGAAAAGCUAAUAAAAGUCUAUGUAGAGGAAGUAUUUAGUCUAUGAUCUUUUACCCAGUUUCCAUCCUGACUUCUUUUUUGAAUGAAUUGUAAGUUUUUUAUCAGUUGAAAUCUCUUCCUACUUUCCCUAGCAGUUCUUUUUUUUUUUUUUAAGAUUUUAUUUAUUUAUUUGACAGAGAGGAGAGAGAUAACAAGUGGGCAGAGA